AAAUUCAAAGGAAAGCAUGUUCUGACGACGAGAGGACACCAUGUGUCCACGGGACCACGCGAAGAGGCAAUGGAAAACGCCGCGAUCCGCGUCGAUCACGCUCCUCGCGCGUUCACUGCUGCUGCUGGUGAUCGCUUCCGGUUUUCUGUCAAAGACGGCGAACGCCGCGUUGCGAGAUGUGGCGAAGAAUGUGACGGAUAUAAUUGAAGCCACGAGGAUGCAAGAGCAACUUUUCGGAGUGCAAAGAACGGAAAGUCGUUGCAGAAAUGGUACGAUCGCGUAUGACAUCAUGGAAUCCGCGAUUCUGAUGACUUCUACCAAUACGUUAUUUCCAACCGGUAUACCGCAGGAUUUUUCUAUCUUGAUUGUCGCAAAGCCAAAAGCUAAUGAAUCUUCGUUUAAAGAUCACUCGGUUCUCUUCACCAUCUAUGGUGACAGCGGUGAGGAACAGCUGAUUUUAUCGAUGGGACGCGAUAUUAAACUCUUCUACAGCACAAAUCCGGAUGAUAGGAACAAAUCGAUUUCCUUUGGUGUUGAUGUUUCCGAUGGACGGUGGCAUCGAUUGGGAGUUAGCAUCAAGGGCGACUCUGUUACGAUUAUUCUCGAUUGCACGAGACCUAUCACAAAGAAGCUGUGGAGGAAUUUGGAGAAAACGAUCGCUGGUAUCAUCCUGAUCGGACAGCAACUUAAGGGUGAUUUAUAUCUGGGAAGUCUCGAGAUGUUGAAGAUUGCUCCAAAUCCAGACGCUGCUUAUGAAAUCUGCACAGUGUUUGCGCCAGACUGUGAACAUCAAUCAAGAUAUAGAUCGAGUUAUAAUUCGUCUUCCAAUGAAGAUGAUUACGAAGAAGAAGAAGAAGACGAGAACAAUUCGGAUGAAGAUAACGAGAACUUUUUAGUUUAUGGCACGACAGAUAUAAUUAAGACAUUUGAAUCAAUAACAGAGAAUCCCACACCUUAUGAAAUGGAAAUGACAACAAUGACUGCAAAUGUGUACAAUAUGGAAUCAAAUUAUGAACAGAAUUUUGAGGAACCUACAAGUGAUCCUUAUAAGGAAGAUGCAAAACAUAAUUUUCGAGGUUUACCUGGACUUCGUGGAUAUCCUGGACCUCCAGGGAUUCCUGGUCCUCCCGGCAAAAAGGGCGAACCCGGUCGAGAUGGACUAGAUGGAUUACCAGGUCUACCAGGUCCACCAGGUAAUGUUUUCGUGAUACCAUCCUUGAAUCAACAAGGAAACGAGAAAGGACCGGAUUCUCAGAUAGAAAUGCUGCGGCAGAUGAUAUCACAACACAUGAUUGCAAUGAGAGGCGUAGAAGGUCCGAUGGGCCUUACAGGCGUCCCAGGUCCAGAAGGACCGCCUGGACCUGAAGGACAGAAAGGAGAACCUGGUGAAAUUGGUGAACCUGGACCAAGGGGAGAACAAGGACAUCCCGGACAUCCUGGCAGAGAGGGUAGAAGAGGUCAUUCUGGUAGAGAUGGCGAACGUGGCCUUAGUGGACCGCCAGGAAUUAAGGGCGAGCAAGGAUCGAUAGGAUUACCAGGUCUUCCAGGUGAUAAAGGCGAACGUGGGCUUCCAGGUAUACCUGGAGAACCAGGUUUACAGGGCCAUGAAGGAAUGCAGGGUGAAGACGGUCUUCCAGGUUUACCAGGUCUACCUGGUGAAUUGGGUCCAAGAGGAUUUAUUGGACCAAGAGGUUUUUCCGGAUUACCGGGUAAUCCUGGUAUUCCUGGAAGCGAAGGGCCGCCUGGUAUUAAGGGUAAUGUUGGUCCACUCGGUCCACCUGGUGCACCAGGCCCACCAGGACCUGUAGGUUUGGUGGGAUCACCUGGACCUCAAGGUUCGCCAGGACCGAUUGGUUUAGUUGGUCCACAAGGAAAGCCUGGGAUUCCCGGGCUUCCGGGUGUUGACGGACCUCCUGGACUUCCGGGCAAUCCCGGAAUUCCCGGGAUGAAAGGCGAGCAAGGUCCACCAGGUCCACAGGGAUCAGUAGGAUUUCCGGGUGUACGGGGUGUAAAGGGCGAUGAAGGGCAACGUGGACUGUCGGGUGAACGCGGCGAAAAGGGCGAAAGAGGAUUAGAAGGCGAAAAAGGUGAUGCUGGAGCGAAAGGAGAGCCUGGAAUAACAGGACCACAAGGAAUUCCUGGCCUCGAAGGUUUGGAAGGACCGAAGGGUUUCGAAGGACCUCGUGGUGAGACUGGUUCCGCUGGUCCGCCUGGAGAAAAGGGAAAGAUAGGUAUACCCGGAUACGCUGGCUAUCCUGGAAAUCCUGGAGAAAAAGGGGACAGAGGACAAUCAGGAAUUCAAGGGCCAAGUGGCGAUAAAGGCGAAAGAGGAAACACCGGAUUGCAAGGAGAACGAGGUGCACCAGGUCCACGGGGUUUCAGGGGAACGCGUGGUAGAAGAGGCGCAGAAGGAUUACCAGGACCAAAAGGUGACACUGGUCAACCAGGACCAGUUGGAUUGUCCGGUGAAAUCGGUCCUCCUGGCGUUGAAGGACCACGUGGAUUUGUUGGACCAGCAGGUCCACCGGGUCUUGGCGGAAAAGAUGGUAUGCCUGGACCACCUGGCGAACGUGGUCCAAUUGGAGAAUCGGGACCUCCAGGACCUCCAGGAACUCCCGGUGUUAUCGGUCCUCCAGGACCACCUGGAGAAUCUGGACAACCAGGUGAACCUGGAGCACCUGGCAGUCUCGGAGCUCCAGGUGAGAUUGGUCUACCAGGCGAACAAGGGAAAGAAGGAUCGCCUGGUCCAGCUGGCUUAAUGGGAAUCCAAGGACCCCCAGGUCCUGGUGGAUUACCAGGAUUUCCAGGUGAAAGAGGUCUGAGUGGGUUGCCGGGAUUGCCUGGUUUAAAAGGAGAAAUAGGACCUAUCGGACCUUAUGGACCACCCGGAGAUAAGGGUGCUCAAGGUGAACCUGGUAAAGAUGGACCAUCAGGUCCAGAAGGAAAACAAGGACUCAAAGGAGAGAAGGGUUCAACCGGACUUAAAGGCGAAAGAGGUGAUUCUGGAUUAAUUGGGCCAGUAGGUCGCGACGGUCUACCGGGACAACGUGGUUUACCUGGUCCACCUGGACCUAUUGGCUCUCCAGGCGAAGAUGGUGAUAAAGGAAACAUAGGUUCACCCGGUGAAAAAGGAUUUAAAGGAUCUCAAGGAGAUGUAGGUCUCCCGGGUCCUCAAGGAAUUCAAGGACCACGUGGUGAACCUGGCUUAGUAGGUCCUCCUGGGGAAAAAGGACCACCAGGUGAGAUUGGUCAGCAAGGACCAAAAGGCGAAGUUGGACUGGUUGGAGCAACUGGACCAACUGGACCUGUAGGACCAAGUGGUUUACCUGGUGAAUCAGGUGUAAAAGGUGAAGUCGGAGAUCCUGGAGCAAUCGGUCCUGUAGGACCACCGGGAAUUCCGGGAGAACGAGGCAUGACAGGAUUGAAAGGCUUGAAAGGUGCAGAAGGUCCGCCAGGUCCAGAAGGUCGUCAAGGUGAAAAAGGAGAUAGUGGAAUGCCAGGACUUACGGGGAAACCAGGAAUAGAGGGCAAACAGGGAGAAAGAGGUUCACCCGGAGUAAAAGGAGAAGAAGGCAAAAUAGGACUUCCCGGACUUCUUGGACCACGAGGAUUAAUUGGUCCUGAAGGACCAAAAGGUGAUAUUGGUUUACCGGGAUUUCCUGGUCCACCCGGAGAACCUGGUCUUAUGGGUGCAAAAGGCGAGCCUGGAAAGGAUGGUGAGGAUGGACGAGUAGGCGAUCCUGGCAUAUCAGGUGAAAUUGGACCACCUGGCAAAGAAGGAUUACCAGGUUCUCCUGGACAACCGGGUCCAGAAGGUCCGGCGGGUCAGCAAGGUAACACAGGUUUACCAGGAGAAAAGGGAGAUAUUGGUCUUCCCGGAGCACCAGGUCUUCAAGGACAUGUCGGACCUCAAGGUCUUCCUGGUUUGCCUGGAUUGACAGGGGAUAGAGGUUUGCCGGGCAUAGCUGGAGAAAACGGCCUCGUGGGUAUGCCGGGAACCGCUGGAGUUCCUGGAAGUAUCGGACCGCCUGGUCCAAAGGGUCCGAGAGGCGACAGAGGUCGGAGAGGUAUUAAAGGACAUCGAGGCGAACCGGGACUUAUUGGAAUUAAAGGUGAUCAAGGAAAUGAAGGAGAGAAAGGUGAUCGUGGAUUGCCUGGAAUAGAAGGGCCUAAGGGAAAUCCUGGGCGACCAGGCCAUGAUGGACCUAGAGGCGAACAAGGAUUUAUCGGUCUACCUGGUCCGCCGGGACCACCCGGACCGAAAGGAAAUACUGGGAAUGAUGGAACGCGAGGUGACAUAGGUCCGGCGGGUCCGCCAGGUCCACCCGGACCACCCGGUUUAUCAAUGGAACAACUCGGUCUGGACGGAAUAAUUCCGUCGAUAUUUCACGAUGAAUCAACUAGAAGAAAACGCGACAUUUUUGAAGAUAUUGAUGAAGAAGAGACAUUUGACAUGAGGCUUUUAGAGAUAAACAAGGCUUUUGUCAAUAUACGACAGGAAUUGAAUUCAAUACGUAGACCAACUGGUACCAGAGAUAAUCCAGCAAGAAUGUGCAAGGACUUGUUUUAUGGACAUCCUGAUUUUAAUGAUGGUUGGUAUUGGAUCGAUCCAAACUUGGGUAUGCCUGACGAUGCUAUCAAUGUGUUUUGCAACAUCACGAAUAUGGGAGAAACUUGCAUUUUUCCUGAUAUUCAUAGCAGUCACAUGCCAAGUAUACCAUGGAGGAAAGAGGACAAUAAAACCGACUGGUAUUCGCGUUUGCGUGGAGGAUUUAAAAUGAGUUACGAGACGAUAGGAGUAGUACAAAUGAAUUUCCUGCGUUUGCUUAAUCAAGAAGCUUAUCAAAAUUUCACAUACACGUGCACGAAUAGCGUCGCCUGGUACAAUAACGAGGAUCGCGGUUAUAAAUUUUCGUUGCGAUUACUCGGCGAUAACGAAGACGAAUUCUCAUACGACGGUAUUAGGCCCCAUCUUAUCACGGACGAUUGCAAGAAUCGAAGUGGCAAGCAUGAGACCGUGUUCUUAAUUAGCACUAAAAAACUGCAACAGUUGCCGCUGGUCGAUUUUUAUCCAAUCGAUUACGGAUUGCCGCAACAAGCUUUUGGCUUCAAAGUAGGCCCGGUUUGCUUCAAAUAAAUGACUGAACUGAUUAUAUAAUCCUUUCGCGGAUAUUAUUUUUAUAUAAUUCUAACGCAAUUAAUAUACCAAAGUUCGAUUCAGGAAAUAAAAUUAUCAUGUAUUUAUGAUACUUUGAUGAUUAUAGAUUUUGUAAGUAUAUAACGUUUUAAUAUCUUCUAUACAGUACAGAUUGAAGAUUUUGUAACGUUCAUAGAUAUAAUUUUUGUGUAUGAGUA